AUGGGCUUGGGCCAAUCUGAAGACAAACCCGACAGGGAAAAGCGCGAGCUCGCUCAGGACGAAGAAGACCCUGACGCAGUCUUUGCAUCGCUUGAGGAGGAAGAUGACUCGGCAUACCGUGCCCAAAGACUACAAGAACUGAACAUCGCUGCCCAUCAAUCACAGCCAAUAAAGACUGUGGACACCGCGAGGAACACUUAUAUAACUUUGAGCAAUGACGACGAAGUUCUCAACUUUACAACGAGCAAUGAACGGGCAGUGGUUCACUUUUUCCAUCCGGACUUCGCACGGUGCAGGACCAUGGACCAGCAUUGCCAAAAGAUUGCAGAAAAGCAUGCAGAGUACGCGGAUGCGGAUGUUUCCUUUGCCCGAGUGGACGUCAAGAAUGCUCCAUUCGUCGUCGAGAAACUGGGAGUGAGAGUGUUGCCUUGUGUUAUCGGAUUUGUGAAAGGAGUGGCCAAGGGCAGAGUCACUGGGUUUGAGGGCUUGUGUUGGGACGGAAACGAAGGUAGCAGCAGUGUCACACGGGCACUGGAGGAGACACUCGUCACUUGGUCUGUUUUGCGCAAGAGGUUACUUCUUGGCCACCAUGACGAUGAUUCUGACGACCAGGAUGAUGAAGAUAGGCUUGACGAUCGUAGACAUACGACACGGAGUAUCCGUGGUGGUUUACAGAAGGCAGCCGGCGACGACGAGGAUGACUGGGACUGA